AGGAAAUCACCUCGGCCCAAUCCGGCAACCCUGCUCGCAUCGUAGAAUAAGGACGGAGGACCACUUUAUUCAAUGAUAGCAGCAGUGUGCGCGCCCGCGGACGAAACACGAGCUCAGUGUGACGUAUCGGGUCGCUAAAGUAACUACGUUGCCUCCACGCCCAACAAACAACCUCCCCCACGUAUACCACUCCAGAUGAGAUCCUAAUAAAGAACCCUCUCUUCGACAUGUCCGAGAGCGAGGAAGACGCGACCAGCGAGUCCGACUGGCCGGUGUCCGCGGAAUGGCUGCAGAACAUCCUCAGGAACCACCACAAGGACCUGGAGGACCCUGCCAUCACCAUAAUAGCGUUCAACGUGAAGCCGGGCUGCGAUCCCAGCGAAAGUGUUCUGAGUCACAUCGUCGCCGUGUCCGUGGAGUAUUGCAUCAAGAAUGACGGCUCCUCGGACACACACAGCCUCAGGCUGGUCAUAAAAAUGCUGCCGCAGGACCCUUUCAGCAGGUUCUUCGUCACUGAGGCCCAGUUCGACCUCAGGGAGAUCAAAUUUUAUACCGAAGUAGUGCCAGACCUGGAGAAAUUCAAGGAGGCCCAACUGGCAGAUUCCGACGGAUCGGACAUCAAGAUACCGAUCCCAAAGUGCUACUACGGACACUACUUCGCUGGCACCAACGAGCCAGAUCCCAGUCCUCCAGAAUCCGUCCUGGUCUUGGAGAACAUCAAGUCGAGCGGCUACGCAUGCUCCGACUUCUCCAGGGGCCUCACCCUCAAACAGACCAAGGCCGCCGUCCAAGCAAUCGCACAAAUACACGCGCUGUCGCUCUCCUACAAGGUCCUGGAGGCAAAGAGUCUGACGGACAAGUACCCGUUCCUGUUCCAGACGACCCGAGCCUCGGAUUCCUACCAGCAGCUCAUCGAGAGGGGCCUGCCGCAGCUCUCCCAGUUCCUGGAGACCAGACCCGGACUGGCCGACAUACUGGCGGCGCUGAACGAGCUGAGACCGCACACCAAGGCCAUCAUAGAGAGUCUGCUGACGCCCAAGGAGCCUCUCGCGCUGAUCACGCACACGGACUUUUGGUGCAACAACCUCAUGUUCAAAGAGGACGACUCCAGCUGCCAAUGCUCCAUCUUGGACUGGCAGAUGGUGACUUACAGCAGAGCCACGAACGAUCUAGCUCUGCUCCUCGUCAGCUCCGUCCCCGCCGAGCUCAGGAGGCUGCACACCAGUAAACUCCUGGACAAUUACUGGGAGAUCCUAGUGAGCACCUGUCGCCGCUUGGGUCUAGACGUGGAAACGACCCUGGAGUACGACAGGGACCAGUUGGAGCGAGACUACAAACACUCGCAACUUUUGGCUUUGUUACUGUGCAUAGGUAGUGUAGAUUUAGCUUUGGGUAACGCGCAGAUGGAGGAGAGACUGUUAGAAUUGUUGCAGGACCUACACAAGGAUGGUCUCCUGACUGCUGAGGUUGUAAGGCAGUCAACCUGAAGUGUGCAAGAAGCGAAUUUGUCGGGUUUAGAAACUCAGGUCGUCUGAGAUUUCCCGAUUUAGUUCGAUUAAUUAUAGAGUGAUGGGGAUUCGCCUCACAGAGCUUCUUUAUUGGAAUACUCGCUAAAAUCUCUUAAAAUGACGAAAUUUACAGUUCCGGAUGAAUUUAUUAACUAUAUAUAUGAUAUAUUGGAGGAGUACUAAUAAAAAUUUACAGAAAAA